AUGGAGCCCACUAUGGGAAAUGCUUCAGAUUUGUUUGUUUCCAACAUAUCGAAAGAAAAUGACUUCCUCAUGGGAUCUAUUUAUGCCAUUUUUGGGGUCCUAUCUCUUCUGGGCAAUAGCAUAUUGUUGUUUGUUGCCUAUCGGAAAAGGCCCUCCUUGAAGCCAGCCGAGUUCUUCAUUGUUAAUCUAUCCAUCAGUGAUCUUGGGAUGACCAUAACCCUCUUCCCCUUGGCAAUACCCUCUUCUUUUGCGCACAAGUGGCUGUUUGAUGAGCUCACCUGUCAGUACUAUGCUUUCUGUGGAGUUUUCUUUGGCCUGAGCAGUCUGACUAACCUCACAGUCCUCUCCUCUGUCUGCUGUCUUAAAGUCUCCUACCCUCACUAUGGAAACAAGUUCUCCUCUUUUCAUGCCCGCUUCCUGGUGGUGGGGGUGUGGUGCUACGCCUCCAUUUUUGCGGUGGGGCCCCUGGCCCAGUGGGGUCGUUACGGCCCCGAGCCCUAUGGAACAGCCUGCUGUAUCGACUGGAAGGCCUCGAACACAGAGCUGUUAGCCAUGAGCUACAUCGUCUGCCUGUUCCUCUUCUGCUACAUGGUGCCCUCCACCGUCAUCUUCGUCUCCUACCUCUUCAUCUUCAUGACCGUGCGCGGCUCCCGCCAGGCCGUUCAGCAGCACGUCUCCCCGCAGAACAAAACCACCAACGCCCACAACCUCAUCGUCAAGUUGUCCGUGGCUGUGUGCAUCGGUUUUCUGAUGGCGUGGAGCCCUUAUGCUGUGGUUGCCAUGUGGGCGGCCUUCGGAGACUUUGGCAGCGUGCCGCCCAUGUCUUUUGCCCUGGCCGCCAUCUUUGCCAAGUCCUCCACCCUCUACAACCCCAUGGUCUACUUGGUCUUCAAGCCAAACUUCCGGAAAUCUCUGUGCCGGGACGCAGCACAGUGCCGACGCCGGCUCUGUCCCUCUGUGUGUGGCUGCGAGGCCACGCCCAUGCAGAGGAGCUGUUCUAACCGUUCACAGCGCAACAACAAGGAUGUCGACAACUCCACCCGCCUCUCAAACGGCCUACCAGAGUGUCACGAGGCCUGUCACCACUGUCCGGAGGCGGGGUCAGGGUGCCUGGCCACACCCCAGAGGACCGCUCGCAUCAUGACAGGCUCCACCCAUAGUGAAGUUGCUGUCAGCCAGCUCUCCAAUGAAUUUCAGAGUGACUUCCUCUAG